UAAAAAAAAAGAAAGAAAGAAAGAGAAAGAAAAUAAUGCCUGCCAGUAGUGAAAAGAUCGCGCGCGCGUGUGUGUGUGUGCAUGUGUGUGAGUGAGUGUGCGCGUGCGUGUGUUUGUGUGUGUGUGUGUUGGAAUGGAAUGCAGUUACGAAAAGCGAGAGAGGAAGAAAGAGAAAAAAUAAAAUUCAUAAAUAAUUGAGAGCGUGUGUAACAAAAAAAAAAAAAAGAAAAACAACGCCCGCGCGCGUCUUAGCAGCUGCUUGGGAAAGGGAAAACCAAGGAAACAAAUUAACCAAAAGAAAAAAUUGGUCACUCCCCGUAACCCUGAACCAACGCCCCACUCCCCCCCUCGACAUUUAGACAAGAUGUCAAAUCUGCCACAAACACAGGCUCAUCACCUGCAGCCACAUCCGCAACAUCCGCAGCAUCUGCUCCAUCAUCAUCAGCAACAGCAACAACAGCAGCAGCAACAACAACAACAACAACAUGGACACCACAAUCACAGUGAUUUUCCCUUGCCUGAUGGCUGGGAUAUAGCCAAGGAUUUUGAUGGCAAAACUUAUUAUAUAGAUCACAUAAACAAAAAGACCACAUGGCUGGAUCCCAGAGAUCGAUACACAAAGCCGCAAUCUUUUGAGGAUUGUGUAGGAGAUGAACUGCCAGUGGGUUGGGAAGAGGCCUAUGAACCGAAUAUUGGACGCUAUUAUAUCAAUCAUAUAGCCCAAAGUACACAAUUGGAGGAUCCGCGACAGGAAUGGAAGAGUGUACAGGAGCAAAUGUUAAGUGAUUAUCUAUCGGCGGCCCAGGAUCAAUUGGAGAAUAAACGAGAGAUGUAUGAUGUGAAGCAGCAACGAUUGCUUUUGGCUCAAGAGGAAUACAAUCAUCUCAACAAAUUGGCGGCUAGUCGCAGUAGCUUAUGUUCGUCUUCGAGUUCUAUGAGCAGACACGAUCCAGAACUAUUGCGGGCCGAUCUUAUGUUAGCCCGUGAACGGGUACGUCAACUCAAACAGGAACUGAAUCAUAUUACCAAUGAUAUAUCCCACACGGAAAGGGGCAUGAAUACCCUCUAUUCGGUGGGUGAGAAGAUCAAUGCGAGAGAGAAUGGUUGCUAUGACAUUGCCGAAGUUCAGGCCAUUCGCGAGGAGAUGCUCAAGGUGCACAAAUCGCUGGUAUCCGGCGAGAAGGUGCGUGAGGAGCUAAUGCGUAGUUUGGUCCAGAUCAAGAAUGAGCUCAGCCGCCAGCAGAUGAAUGAGGAAAAUGCUGAUCUUCUCAAUGCCGCCUCGCCCUUCGAUCGGGUGUGUGUGGCCAGCCAAACCGAUCUGUGUGGGGCUGGAGAGAGUCUCAAUGGUGGUGCCCGAUUUGCUGAAAUGGCCAAAACCAAACUACAGUAUGCUGAAUGGCGUAAGCAUAUCAAGAAACUGCAACAACAACUGGCCGAUCAUGUGGAACGCAUUGAACCUGGUCAGUUGGAAUCGGACAAGGAUCGCAUUCUGUUGAUCCAAGAGAAGGAGAAACUGCUAAAUGAUCUGAAUAGCAUUUCACUCAAGUCACGCAGCCUGGAGGAGACUCAAGUGAUACAGCAGACCAGACAGAAGCUCGAGGAUGACCUGAAAGAGGCCUAUGAGGCCAAUAACACCUGCAUUGCCAAUCGUCUGCGCUUCCAUGAGGAGAAACAACAUCUCUUGGAUAAACUGCAAGAGGCUCUCAAGUCCACUAAAUUGCUGGAGGAACGUCUCAAGUCCUUCUCAUCGGAGAGUACCUUCUCGAUUAGUAGCGGCAGCAGUCUUGGCUCUCUCUCCACGGCCAGCAGCAAGAGUGCUUUAAGCUUUACGGACAUUUAUGUGGAUCAUUUUGCCGUGGAUUCGCCCAUCGAUGUGGUGGAUCUGCAGCGUCGUUCACAGCGUUUCUUCCAGCAGCAGCAGCAACAACAGCAACAUAGAUUGCCUCCAGUUCACGGCCAUCCUGUCCUGCAACAGCAACAAUCCUCGGAGGUUUCUCUAUCACCGCGUAGCAGCUUGUCAAUGGAAACGCCGCCCGCUUCGCCAAUGAAAUACAAUGCCGGGGCCGAUCAGCCUCAGCUACCGCCUGCCGCCGCCUCCCUUGCUCCUCCGAAAGAGGAGCCCACAUAUGCCAAUGCGUUACCCGCCCCUCCCGCCUACACAGCACCGCCGCCUGCUCCCAUUGCCGCGGUUCGAGCCCCCCAUGCCUAUGAUUUGGACUCUACGGUUCUCGAUUGCAUGAUAUUGGAGGCGAAACUGAAAAAACUAAAUCUAAACUCGCCUCUCAAUUUGGCUGCACCCCUCUCUCCAAUCUCGGAGAAGCCAUCCCUGUUGGAUCUGCCGCAGGAGAUGCUAAGUCGCUCCUCAUCCACAUCGAAUACACGUUCCGUUUCGGCGGCCGUCAGCAAUGAAUCCGUAGCCGGUGAUUCGGGAGUCUUUGAGGCAUCCCGUGCCCAUUUGCCGCGACGCGAAUUGGCCCAAGUUCAGAUUGGUUUGAAAUAUCUUAAGCAAGAAGGUGUCCUUGUGGUUUCCCUUGAGCGGGCCAACAAUUUAUUGGCCUUGUGGACAGCUUCCUCGGACAAUUCCCAGGUUUAUCUGCGUGCCGCCUUGCUACCCAAUUCCCUGACUUCCAUACGGACCAAGGCCCUGGGUGAUUUCCAGAAGCCCGUCUUCAAUGACACAUUCGCGGUGCCCAUUUCAUUGGAUAAAUUGCUUACCAAGAGCCUGCAGGUCACUGUGGUCUCUAUGACGGGCCAAAAGGAGGAAAUUAUUGGCACUGUGCAAAUCAGCAUGGCCGAAUUCAAUCCAGAUGAUUCAACUUUAAAGUGGUACAAUGUGCUUAGCUCCAAGUUCAUGCCGAGCUUCGAGUCGCUUGACAUUCCUUCCACAAGCGCAGCAGCUGCUGCCGCUGCUGUUGCGGCAAAUAACACAAACGCAAUGAACAGUAACAGCAACAACAAUCGUGAGGAAUCCUCAGAUGAGUCCACCAUUACGUCAUCGCAGACAUCGACCCUGACGCGCAAUCAGGCACCACCCUUGGAACUGCAGGCGCAAAUAGCCGAGGAACUGCCAGAGCAUGUCCGACUCAAUGAACAAGAAUGCAGCGAUGACGAUGACGACGACGAUGAUGAUGACGAUGAGGAAGAAGAGGAUGAACAGCAACUCAUUGGCACCGAAGAGUUGACAAAUUCAAGCGGUAUGCUAGAUACUUAUCUAAAGAUUAUGAAGCAACAAUAUGCCGAUAAGGAAACAAACACCGAGUGUGCCUUCCCACCAGAAAAGUCACGUGCUCAAUCUCAACUGUUGGACGACAGGCCAGUGAAACGUUCACAGACCUUUACUCCCUCGGCGGCGGUUAGCAAGAGUCGUUACAAUUGUCGUCUAAAUCGCAGCGAUUCGGACUCUGCCAUGCACUUUGGUGUCACCCCACAUACCUUCCAUCGCGGGGCAGCUGAGCGACGUUCCCUGCGCUUCCAUACCAAGGCCCCCAAAACAGCAACAAAAUUGCAUCAUACUCAUAUACCGCGCACCAGUUUGGAUCUGGAACUGGAUCUGCAGGCUCAGCACAGUAAACUUUUCUUCCUCAAUGAUCAAAUUGCCAAAUUGCAAAACCUCAAGGAUGUUUUGCAAAAGGGAUGCGAAAGCAAGGAUCCACUUAUUGCGGCAUGGGCCAUUGAAAAUGAAGAGUUCCAGCGUCUUGUGGCACGCGCUGAUCCCGCCAAAUGCCCAGAAGAGCGUCAGCUGCAAAAGCUUCUAAUGAAAACCGCCAAAGAAAUACAUAAAUUGCGGAAGACCAAGGUACCCAAAGGAUGUCCCGAUUUGGUCUCGUUCAAAGAGAAAAUUACAUUUUUCACACGUAAGGGCCUAUCGGUGCCCGAGCUGCCUAGCGAAUUCAUAUUGGCCGAUGGAGAUGCCAUCGAGGAAGAGGAGGAAGAGGAUGAUAAUGCUGCUGAGACGGCCAUUGCCAUUAAUACGGCAUUGGUAGCCAGUAGCAAUAGAAAUAAGAAUCUCAGUGAGCAUCACCAUCGAGCAGCAUGCAACAGUGGUGCAGUGCCAAAGCGUUCUGCCACGCCUACUCCUAUCACAGCUGCCACAACUGCUGAUGCUUCUGCUUCUUCUGCUCCUGCCACAGCUGCUGUUGCACCAACAACUGCGGCAACUGUUAGCGAUGAUAAGCCAGAUCAGCAGCGUUUCGACUACGUCGUCGAUCGCAAUUAUGGUGUUGAGGUAUAGCCCACCUAACAUCGCCUUCCCACCCUCGCUGUACAUUUUUGUAAUUAGUUUAGUAUUUAUUUUUUAAUAAGCAACAAGUAUUUAUAUAUGUAUAAAAUGAAGAAAACAAAAACAAAAGAAACGAGAAAAAAAAUCAACUGAUGUAACAAAAAUCUGUGCCUUAUAGAGAACGUGUUGGACUACCCAAUCCAGCCAAGAAUUAAACAAAAGAAUUAUGCAACAAAUGAUAUAUAUAUAUAUAUAUGUACACAAAUACACACACACACACACGAAUAUAUCAUGCAUUAUGCUAUGUAUUAGUUUUAAACCCUGUACUCUUAAGUUUUAUGUAUAAAAUAAUGAAUCCAUAGUCUGUUAUAUAAAUUGACCCCAUUUCCCAUGCCCAACCCACUGAUGACCACUAAAUAAGAAAAUUUAGACCCUGCCCCUUAACUUUAGCACGCACAUUGCGUGUCCCCCCUACCCAGCCCCACGCCCAAAAAAAAAGAUACCUUGAAAAUUCAUAUUGAAACCAACUGUAUUCCUGAGACUUGAGCAAAAAAAUAUACGAAUGUUAAUGAA